GUAUACUGAGCUGUGAACACCUACGAACACAAGAAGAAGUAACGAGCAUCAGUAAAUAUUUUUCUGCUAGCUUGAUCGUCCUAACUAAACACUGUACAACUUUUCCACGACACGUUAUAAUUGGGGCAAAAUGCCUCGGUAUGCUCAGAUAGUGAUGGGCCCGGCGGGAAGCGGGAAGAGUACCUACUGCUCCACCAUGAUCCAGCAUUCAGAGGCUAUAAACCGCUCCGUUCAGGUGGUCAACCUGGACCCAGCAGCUGAGCACUUUGACUACCCUGUCAUGGCAGAUAUCCGUGAGCUGAUCCAGGUGGAUGAUGUGAUGGAAGAUGAGUCUCUCAGAUUUGGCCCUAAUGGUGGUUUGGUGUUUUGCAUGGAGUAUUUUGCUAACAACUUUGACUGGCUGGAGGAGAGCCUGGGGCAUGUAGAAGAUGACUACAUACUGUUUGAUUGUCCAGGUCAGAUUGAACUUUACACACACCUUCCUGUGAUGAGGCAGCUGGUGGAACAGCUCCAGCAGUGGGAGUUUAGGGUGUGCGGGGUUUUUCUGGUGGACUCUCAGUUCAUGGUUGAGUCUUUUAAGUUCAUCUCAGGAGUCAUGGCUGCCCUGAGUGCCAUGGUGUCAUUAGAGAUUCCUCAAGUCAACAUAAUGACAAAAAUGGAUUUGCUUAGUCCAAAAGCUAAGAAGGAAAUAGAAAAGUACCUUGACCCAGACAUGUACUCCAUGAUGGAAGAUAACUCCGAUACCAUCAGAAGCAAAACGUUCAAGAAGUUAACUAAAGCCAUUUGUGAACUUAUUGAUGACUACAGUAUGGUCAGAUUCCUGCCUUUUGAUCGCACAGAUGAGGAGGGUAUUAACAUAGUCCUGCAGCAUAUUGACCUCUCCAUACAGUAUGGAGAGGACCUGGAGGUCAAGGAGCCAAAGGAGUUGGAUGAAGAGUUGGCUAACUUAAACUAUGAUGAAGCUUUUCAAGGCUGUGGGGACAGCUGAUGAUUAAACCACUUCAGGAAUUCUGCAGAAAAGUGACUGGCUGCAAGGACGUGAGAAAGGGACAUGCAGGGAACAAAACAGACCCUGAAGAUCUUGUGUUUAUUUGUUCAGAAGUUUUUAUUUAUGUGUGCCGUGAUGCUGAGUCCUGAGAUUCGGCUUUAACCCAUGCACACCCAUUAUGUCUUUACUCAUAUCCGGACUUUAAACAUUUGUUGGUAAGAAGAAAUAUUUGUGCUUUAUUUUUUAAUAAAAUAUUACCCCAA